GAGUGGGUGAACUCGUUUCUCAGAACACACACUCCCACGCACGCGCGCACACAGUCACAAACGUUCUCAACUAGCAACCCGUUGGAGUUACACGCUUGUUUGAAGACACUCGACAAAACUCGGUGAAUUUCUACCACCGCGGAAAGAAACCAAGUACAAAUCGCAACCAUGGCGAAAGGAUGCGUCACCGUCAUCAAGUACUUUCUAUUUCUCUUCAACCUCAUCUUCUUUGUCUUUGGGGCGUUGAUCAUGGGCUUUGGACUGUGGGUUCUCUUUGAUAACCAGAGUUUCAUUGCUGUUCUACAAGAAUCGUCCGACACGGUGAAAGUGGCUUCCUACAUCCUCAUCGGAGUGGGUUCCUUAUCAAUGGCCAUGGGCUUCUUUGGCUGCAUUGGAGCCAUCUACGAAAUUCGUUGUCUCCUUGGUCUGUACUUCACCUGCCUUCUGCUCAUCCUUAUCGCCCAAGUGACUGCUGGAGUUCUCAUCUACUUCCAAAGAGAUCGGCUGAAACAUGAAAUGUCCAACAUCAUAAAAGGCAUGAUCGUCCACUACACCGGCCAGAACAAAACCACAGAGCACACUUGGGACUACAUCCAGAGGACGAUGAAGUGCUGUGGGUGGACAGGUCCUGGCAACUGGUCUGACAACAUGCUCAUCAAGAACAGCUCCCAGUACCUCUAUUCGUGUUCCUGUCGCAAUGAGUCCUUGCCUGGCACUGACAUCAAGGUCGAGGGCCUGUGUGAGCACCUGUCCUCAGAACUUCCCAUCUACGAAACGGGGUGCAUGACCAAUGUGGAGAAAUGGCUACUGGAGAACUGUGGAGUUAUUCUGGGAAUGUGUGUCGGAGUGGCAGUCGUGGAGCUGCUUGGGAUGAUCCUGUCCAUGUGUCUGUGUAAGAGUGUCGUCCAGGAGGACUACACCAAAGUACCCAAGUACUGAUGUACAACUCACACAUUCAUGCACGUGUACGUGGAUUGACUCCUUCCCCAUCUCACAUUCUUAUGGGCGCACAAACACACGCACAAACACACACACACACACACACACACACAGAUGAAGGCAGCUGUCUGCUGCCUUUAUUGCUGUGCAGAUUUCUCACACCCGCAAACACGAUAGUGACGCACUUGUUGGCUCUAGUUCACAAGUUAUUGUUGUCUUAUUAUAAAUAUUAUGUUUAAAGGAGACUUUGUGAGAGCUUUUUUUUUGUGUGUGGGAGGGGGGGGGGGGAUACAAACGCUAAGGUAAGGGUAUGAUUUUUGUAUUUUCUUUGGUGUUUACUUCCGCUGACUUCAAUGAAGCGCUUAACAGAAUAGAAAAGAGAGAGAGCACUUUAGUCAGAUUUGAUGCAGCCGAGACUUCUCCUCACCUCGGGGCAUUGAGACAAGUGGGAGAUGAGAAGGUAUGAAUGGGCGCGUGUGAAAUAAUCCUGCUCUGUGAUCCUGCAAUUGUUAUUUCCACUGACACCGGGUGGACGAGAAAAACCUCGGGCAGGGCCGCUGUGGCGGAGGUUUUUGCAUCCGUUGCCAAUUCCUCGUAGUCCCGCGCCACUCCAGUUUACUCCCAACAUCCUCCACCACCCUCGUACAUGCUUGGCAUCACAGAAUCAGCCUUUGUCUUGAGUGUGUCUGUCUGGGUGCCAUUCGCUGUAUUAUGGGUUUGCUGAAAGAGGAAGAGGCUUGAUAUGCCUUUUUCAUGGAAGAAUUGACACCCAUUAACACAUUUAAAAGGGUCAUUUUUAGCACAGUUAGUGAACUGACAAUCGACUCUAUAGACUCUGACCUUCCCCUGCUUUCUAAGAUACAUAUAUUUUUUUUUUUCCUCAGGUAGAAAUGUCCAACUUGUCUUUGUAUUAACACGUACAUGGACUCUUUUGUCAACUUUUUUUUUUUUGUUCAUUUCAGACAAGUAUUGUGAUCUUCUAAAUGUUGCUGUUCUUUGCGUUUAUCCAUUUCAAAUAUGUUAUUGUUUCUUCUGCCAAAUUGUAACAUUAAUUUAACUUAAGAUGAAGGCUUUUCACUGUUUUGAAUCCUUUUUUUAACGCUUUGAAAGUAAAACAGCAGUUCAGAAAUUGUACGUGGAGUUUUAUGCCAUAUUUGAAAAAACAAUUUUGUAUUUUUGUUACCAUGGAAAACUAGAAUUAAACGUGAAUCCACGACUA